AUGCCCGCGCCACGCUCCCUCCAUGUAGGCCUCAUUGGCGCCGGCCUAGGAGGCCUCGCAGCCGCAAUCGCAAUAGCCCGAGCAGGCUGCAAAGCCGCCUCAGAACUCGGCGAAAUCGGCGCCGGAAUCCAAAUGACGCCCAACGUCUCCCGUCUUCUGAUCAAAUGGGGCGUCUCCGACAUCAUAGGUGAUGACUUAGUCCAGUGUAAGGAAAUCCGGAUGCGGAGGCAGGAUGGGAAGGUCGUGCAGCGGACGGAGUUGGUACCGAAGACGGUGAGGGAGUUUGGGUUUCCUUGGUGGGUUGUGCGAAGGGAUCAUUUGCAUUCUGGACUUGCUGAGGGGGCGAGGCGGCAUGGGGUGAAGAUUGAGGUUGGGGCGAGGGUGGAGGGGAUUGAGUAUGAGGAUCAGGAGAGGGUGAGGGUGAGGACGAAGAAGGGGGAGAGGUAUGAGUUUGAUUUGGUGAUUGGGAGUGAUGGGGUUAAGUCGGUGGUGAGGAAGACGCUGUUUCCUGAUGUGAAGCCGAGAGCUCCGAUGAAUAAUGCUGCUUACCGGACGGUGCUGCCGUAUGACUAUAUCUAUGAGAAAGUACCCGAGGCGAGGGAAGUUCUGGGUAACUCAAUCGAUGUGUGGGGCAUGGAGAAGGGGUAUGUUAUCAUGUACCCGAUUUCGGGCGGGAGGGAAUGGAAUGCCGUGAUGUCGCAUUAUCGAGAUGAGCCAGUGAGCGAUGUUGAGGACAAUGUCGAUAUGGCUGAGAUGAGGGAGUACUACAAGGACUGCGACCCUCUGCUGUCCUGGUCCAGUCCGCGGAAGAAUGUCGUCCUCCUGGGCGAUGCGGCGCAUAGUAUGGUAAACCACAUGGCGCAGGGCGCAGCGACUAGUAUGGAAGACGGCGCCUUUCUAGGUAGAGUCCUCGGCGAAGUCGUCCAUGGUGUGAUCACUCUUGAAGAAGCCAUCGGCAUCUACGAAAAAGCACGAAUGCCACGCGCCUGGAUCAAGCAGCAGGCCUCCUUCGUGCUAGGUGGGAUUUACAUGGCAGAAGACGAGCCCCGCGGUAAAGCUCGAGAUGAGAGCUCGGCGGCCUCGGCCCAGGACACUUCUGCUAUGGCUGAAGUGAAGAACCUCCACUCGGCCCAGGACACUUCUGCUAUGGCUGAAGUGAAGAACCUCCAGUCCAAACCACAGAUCUCGGGCCCGGAUGCUAAUGCUCGAUCGUGGAAUCUGUGGGGCUCGCCGGAGGCUGUGCAGUCGAUCUUUGCGUAUGAUCCCGAGGCAGAUGCGGACUUCUCCGUGUUGAAUUAUUUGCAGCAGAACAGUGCGUGGGACAAGGAGACGGGUCUAAGCUCUGCUUUGGAGGAGAAGUGGACUGGGUGGUUUUUGCCGAAGGAUCAGGUUGGGAGAAUAGCCAAGAGUCGAGGGACGAAGCUGUGA